AUGGGGACUCGUAUUGCUGUAAAGAGUGGGCGAUCGGACAGGCGACGUUUCGCCACCACUGAAGAUCAUAGUGUAUGCACAUGUGCUGCGAUGCGAGAACCCAAGCCACUGCAUGUUGAACAACCAACGCCUCAAGGCUGUGGCUACAGCAAUCCAAAAGGCCUUCAACUUACUUUAGUCGAAACUACCAAUGAAGCGCAAUUUGCUGAAUUUCCGUGGGUGGUGAUGAUACUAGAGCAAAAUGACAGCAUUUCAUCACGCUCGAUUGGUGGUGGUUCACUGCUAGCACCAACUGUGGUGCUAACUGCUGCCCACAUAGUGGACUCCAAGGAUGUGAGCCAUUUGACGAUACGCGCUGGCGAAUGGAAUACAGUCAACGAAGCCGAGCCCCGUCCACACGUAAAUAGACAAGUGAGCAAGCGAAUUAUACAUCCUGCAUUCAAUUGGCUCAAUAGCAACUACGAUGCUGCGCUGCUGCUGCUAAGGAUACCCUUAAAACUGGGUGCCAACAUAGGCACCGUCUGCCUGCCGCCGCCCGCUGCGCAAUUCAGCAACCAACGCUGUCUUGUCAUGGGCUGGGGCAAAAAACGCAAUCGGGACUUGUGGUAUCCGAAUAUACUGAAAAAGAUUUCGCUGCCCAUUGUGGCCGCUGAUCAGUGUCAGAGCAUGUUACGCAAUACGCAAUUGGGUCAGUUUUUCAAUCUGCAUGAGAGCCUUCUGUGUGCUGGCGGUGAAAAGGAUAAGGACGCCUGCCUAGGCGAUGGUGGUGGGCCGCUUGUUUGCUCGCUGCCCAAUCAGCCCGAUCGCUAUCAGCUGGCUGGACUUGUAGCCUGGGGCAUGGGCUGUGGCGUUGAGAAUGUGCCUGGCGUUUAUGCAAGUGUUCCCAAGCUAAGAGACUGGAUUGAUGAGCAGUUCCACCUAAACAGAAUUUCCAAAGAAUUUUAUACAGCUUAAGUUACAAUAACGUAAAACAAAUCAAUUUUAGCAUAAGCACUUAGUUUACUUUACUUU